AUGUCAAGUAAGGGCAGAAAAAAACGAAAUACUCGUAGGCAAAGGUAUGAGGACAAUGAGGAGGAUGCCCAAAGUGAAUUCAACUACAUGUCAGAAAGGGAUUCUAGAAAGACUGAAGAUUUGCAUGGUCUUGCAAAAACGUGUGCAUGGGGUGAACUGAACGAUGAGAUGGUGCUUCUGGUCCUCAUUAUUGGUAUGAAAGAUGAGGCUCUAAGUGAUAGACUCCAGCUGGACUCUCAAUUGACUCUGGAGAAGGCGAUUAAUACCUUGCGCCAACACGAGGAGCUAGAACGCCAAAAACGUGAGCUCGCCAAUACUAAUGUUUUUAUGGUGAAUCAAACGUCAAUACAAGUCGGUAAAACAAAUCUGUCUGAAAGAGCUGGUGAACAGAAAUUCACCGAGGAUGCUAUGAGAAAAAAGUGCAGGAAAUGUGGUUAUAACUGGCACGGAUCACUGGCCGAAUGCCCUGCUAGGAAAGCCAAAUGUGACAAAUGUUCCGAGAUUGGACAUUUUUUUCGAUGUUGUCCCUCCCGCGAAAAGUGGAUGAGAAAAAACAAAAACGUUGUUAAGGAAAUCGAACAGCAAGAUUCAGACAGUGGUUAUCAACAGGUUCCUGAGAUUUUCAUAGGGAAUAUAGACAGCAGUGACAAAGCCUGGGUCCAGGAGGUAAAAGCAAGCUGUGGAAACCAAGAUUUAGGUCUUAUAAAAUUUAAACUUGACACAGCAGCUGAUGUAACCAUGAUUCCAGUAGGAGUUCUUGGUGAUUUUAUUAAGACUCUGCCUCUAGGAAAGUGCAAAUCCCCUGUGUUUAGCGCAAAGAAGAAAGAACGAAUCAAUAUUUUGGGAACUUUAAGGCUAAAGCUUGAACAUAAGGGUGUAUCAGUUUAUGAUCUUGCGUAUAUUUCUGAGGAGAUCACUGUUCCACUUCUUAGCAGACGUUCCUGUGAAGAGCUGAACCUGGUGAGGAGAAUCUUUUCUGUAGAUUCACAUGAUAUUGACUGGGCUACUAAGUAUCCUAAUUUAUUUCAAGGGCUGGGAAAUAUGAAAGGAGAGUACAAGAUUGAAAUGAAGGAGAAUGCAGUUCCUUACGCUAUAUCCACCCCCAGAGUUGUACCAAUACCUUUAAAAACGAAGGUGAAAGAGCAGUUAGACGAUAUGCUUGAGAAAGGAGUGAUUGUUCCAGUUGAACACGCGACUGAUUGGUGCGCACCAAUGGUAGUUUGCGCAAAAAAGGGAGGUGGGGUUAGGAUCUGCGUAGACCUAUCCAAACUCAACAACAGUGUGAAACGUCGGUUUUAUCCUAUCCCAAAGAUCGAACUUUCAUUGGCCGAGAUCGCGGGAGCCAAGUACUUCAGCAAGAUCGAUGCGAAUUCCGGGUUCUGGCAACUGAACCUUGCAGAGGAGUCACAAGAUUACACAACGUUUAUCACCCCUUUUGGGAGGUAUAAAUUCCGUAAGUUACCUUUUGGAAUUACGUCCGCUCCUGAAGAGUUUCAGCGCCGCAUGUCAAAAGCUUUAGAAGGGGCAAAGAACUGUUUAGUGCACAUUGAUGACUGUCUGAUAUGGGGAAGAACGAAAGAAGAACACGACGAGUGUCUUAGGGCCGUUCUAGAGAGAGUGCAAGCUAAUGGAAUCACCUUGAAUAAGCAGAAGUCGGAGUUCUGCAAGAAGACUGUGACAUUUCUGGGGUUUGUGCUGUCUAAGGACGGAAUCAAGCCUGAUCCAAGCAAGGUACAAGCGAUUGUGGACUUACCAGCUCCAAGAAACGCUAAUGAAGUACAAAGAUUCAUGGGCAUGAUCACUUUUCUGGCAAAAUUUAUUCCGAACCGCAGAAAAGACCUUGCCAUAGCAGAUCUACUAUCAAGAAGUCCUAUUCCGGCUGACGAAGAUGGCGAAUUGACCGAAGAAGUGGAAGCCUUCGUCCACGAAAUCAGUCUGAUUAGUAUAAACACUACAGAUGAAAAUGUGACAAAGGUACUUCACUCACAAAUGAGAGAUCCAAUCUGUGCACAACUUAAGUUACAAAUUUUAGACGAAUGGCCUGUAAAAUCAAGUUUACCUAAUGAGAUUCAAGAGUACUUUAAUGUGAAAGACGAGUUAAGUUGUAUUGAUGGGCUAUUGCUUCGAGGAACUCGGAUGAUAAUACCUCAAGAACUACGAGCGGAAAUGCUCGAGAGGCUUCACAGUGGACACUUGGGAAUCACAAAAACAAGGAAACGUGCUUUGGGAACCAUGUGGUGGCCUGGAAUUUCUCAAGAAAUAGAAAGGAAAAUCAAAUCGUGUCCAGUGUGUAUUCAGAACUCAACUAAUCACAGUGAACCAUUGAUUCCGAGAACUGUCCCGGAUUACCCGUGGCAAAAUGUGUCUGUUGACUUGUUCAAACACGAAGACAAGUGGUAUAUGGUUAUCGUGGAUCACUACUCAAGAUACUUUGAAGUCGAGGAAAUGCAUCGAAUGAGGGCUUCAGAUGUGAUUCGGGUUUGCAAAACCACAUUUUCACGUUUUGGAAUUCCUCAACGUGUUUAUUCAGAUAGUGGGACACAAUUUCACCAUAUUGGCUCAAGUGAAUUUAAAUUGUUUGCAAAGGAGUGGGGGUUCUCCACAUUCAGAAGUAGUCCCCACCACCAUCAGGGAAAUGGGGCAGCUGAAGCAGCUGUGAAAGUAGCAAAAGGGCUAAUGAAGAAAAACAAGGAUAAAUUUGAACUUGCCCUACUUUCUUACCGGACCUCACCUCUUGAAACCGGCUUUUCCCCAUCUGAACUUAUGUUUGGAAGGAAAUUAAGAGACAAUCUUCCAUCUACUUUGGUUGGAAAUCCUGUGGAAAAUAAGAAUUUUCUUGAGAGGGAGAAUAAGUACCAGAAUAAGUACAAGAUACAAUUUGAUAAACGACAUGGAGCGAGUGGUUUAAGUGAAUUAGAAGUUGGAAGCAUGGUAUGGAUCACAGAUCUACGUCGACACGGUAAGGUAGUCAGGAAAUUGAACGAACCACGUUCCUACCUUGUGGAAACUGACAAGAGAACUAUUCGCCGAAACAGGAAGUUCUUAGUUCCUGCACCGUACUACGGAGGAGAUGGAAUUCUUUCAAACUGUUCAUCCAUGGUCCUUAAUCGUCCAUGCAACUCACGUGAUCGUCCAGGAGCUGGCACAGUAACCCGUUACGGAAGGUCCAUUAAGAAACCGAGGCGGUACUGA